AUGUGGUCAGCGAUUGGCGUGUUAUUUGUGCUGGUAGGCGCAAGUUCUGCGCUGCUAGAAGGUUCAAAUGUCUGCACUAGACAAGAAGCUUACACAACAACAAUACGAGUAUCGGAGAAGCAGCCAUACCAAGUCAAGGAAUACACAUGGUGCUUCAAUGUGCCGCCUAAAUGUUCAAAAUAUAAAAUCAAGUUUCGUGAAGUCUUCAAGACUCAGACAUUGGUGAAGUACAGACCGGUGGAAGAGUGCUGUGCAGGAUAUGCUCCGGAUCACCGAGGGGAGCAGUGUGUGCCUGUGUGCGUAGAGUCCUGUGUCAACGGCAAAUGUAUAGCACCUAACACAUGCGCCUGCUCACACGGAUAUGGCGGCCCCGCAUGUGACAUUUCAUGCCCUGUCGGCAAAUGGGGCAGACACUGCCAGAACGAAUGCAGCUGUUUACAUGGAGGAACUUGUGAUCCUUUAUCGGGCCAGUGUGCGUGCAGCGCGGGCUGGCGAGGAGAUGCCUGCGAGCGAGCAUGCGCACCGCCCACCUAUGGUGACAAUUGUGAUGAGAUAUGUCAGUGUAUGAAUAAUGGCACUUGUAAUGCUGCGUCCGGGGCAUGUAAUUGUCCAUCAGGGUUUAUUGGACCUUUAUGCGAAGAAGCUUGUUCAGGAGACUGCCCGGUGAGGUGUCCGUGCCAGAACGGUGGUCAAUGCUCUUUAACGUCCAAAUCGUGCGAGUGUCCUGCGGGAUGGACUGGCGAAGUUUGCGCUAAUAAAUGUCCAGCAGGCCGAUGGGGAGAGAAAUGCGGACAAACUUGCGAAUGCGCAAAUGGCGCCGGCUGUCAUCACGUCACUGGGCGAUGUCAAUGCGAAGCUGGUUUCACAGGGGAAAAGUGUUUAGAUACAUGUCCAGCCGGUACAUAUGGAGUAGAUUGCCUUCACAAGUGCAGAUGUGAGCAUGGCGGCGAAUGUUCACCUCGCAACGGUUCGUGCUUAUGCAAGCCGGGCUGGAAGGGCGAGCGUUGCGAACUACGCGCCUGCCCCGACGACAAGUGGGGCCCUGACUGUGAUCGAGCUUGCGAGUGUAACCCUUCUACUACUGACAUAUGCGAGCCGUGGUCGGGCGCGUGCGAGUGCGCGGCGGGGUGGGGCGGCGCGGCGUGCGACCGCCAGUGCCCGCUGCUCACGUACGGCAAGGGCUGCCGCUCCACGUGUCGCUGCGAGAACAGCGGCCUGUGCUCGCCUGUCAACGGUUCCUGUCUGUGCGCUCCGGGGUACCGAGGAAUACGUUGCGAGGAGCCAUGCCCUUAUCCGUACUAUGGCGAUAACUGUUCUGAUACUUGUGACUGCUACAACAACGCUACUUGUAGCUACGAGACUGGCGAGUGUGAGUGCAAACCUGGAUUCGAAGGUCUCAAAUGCGAUCGGCCAUGCAACGGUAAAACAUUUGGAUUAAAGUGUCGUCAACAAUGUAAUUGUGAUAACGACGCUCCGUGCAAUCCUGUAAAUGGCGAGUGCGUGUGCGGCGCGGGCUACACGGGCCCGCGCUGCAGCCGGCGCUGCGGCGCGGGGCGCUGGGGGCAGGCCUGCGCCUCGCACUGCAACUGCUCCGAGCACGCGCGCGGCUGCCACCACGUCACCGGCCACUGCAUCUGCGAGACGUCCUGGAGAGGUGUGCGUUGCGAGACGCAGUGUGCCGAGGGUCGGUACGGCGAACAUUGCUCGGAGCGUUGUCCUUGCGUGAACAACUCCUCCUGCGACGCGUCCACAGGCCGAUGUGUUUGCGCUGCGGGCUGGACCGGAGACAACUGCACGAUACCAUGCCCUCCUGGUACUUACGGUGCCGGUUGUACGCAACUCUGUCCUGAAUCUCCUACAGGUAAUACAACUUGCAAUCCAGUAACGGGUAUGUAUAACUGCCCAAGUGGGUUUACUGGGGUGACCUGCGAGUACCCCUGUCCACUUGGCACGUACGGCGUGGACUGUAAAGAGAAGUGCACUUGCAAGAAUGGAGCUGACUGCCAUCACGUCACUGGCGAGUGCCAGUGCCUGCCGGGCUGGCGCGGCGCGCGCUGCGGCGAGGCGUGCGGCGCGGGCUGGUGGGGCGCGGGCUGCUCGCAGCCCUGCCGCUGCGCGCCCAACGCCGCCUGCCGCCCCAACGACGGCUACUGCCGCUGCCCGCCCGGGUACACCGGCCACUACUGCACGCAGUUUUGUCCCGAGGGUUACUUCGGUGACCACUGCAUGGAAGCUUGCAACUGUUCGUCGGUCGGCAACUGGGUGUGCGAUCCGGUAGGCGGCUGCAUAUGUCACCGCGGAUUUGUUGGAGACAACUGCGAUAUACACGCCAGCGAUGCUAUCGUCAACUCUAUUGAUACGCGAGACACAUCUAGUUCUGGUCUGACGGUUGUGAUGGUGAUAUUAGCCUUUGUAUGCGCUGCGACAGCCAUCUUGGUUCUGCUGUACUACCGCAAGCGCGUGCGCAACCUCAAGCGAGAAAUAGCGCACGUACAUUAUACCGCCGAUCCCAGCUCUCAGCCUGAGCAACAACACUUUGACAAUCCAGUGUAUUCAUACCAAGGCUCAACCCGUAGCGAUGAUUCUACUACACUGCUUAACAAUAUGCCUCAAAUCCUUAACAACCUUGGACCCGGAAGCAAAGUUAACAACGCUACUUUAGAGAAACUGAGAAUGAAAGCAUCAAGCUCCUCAGACAGUUACGACCCACUGUCGUCUAUAAAGAAUAAAGACGCCGAUGCACACAACCCUAACUUGUUCCAAUACGAGGACGAUGACAACAAGCUCGAUCACGUGUAUGACGAGAUAAAACACAAGGAGGGAUAUGAAAUGGAAUAUGAUCGGCUUAACUACACACCACCUGCUAACAAGUGGAAACAACACUAUCAAAGAAUGAACAACAGCAUCGGUACCAUACCCAAUGGACAACCGACGCCCCCGGCGCGGGACGACAGUCCCACUCCACCGAUACCACCGCUGCCUAAACUCAACUUUGUCCCGUUACCACCCCAAAGAGAUGAAGAAACUCUUGACGUACCUAUUCCACCAAAACGAGAAGAUUCACCAGGAUCACUUACGGACACGCCGGACGUAGAAAAUACCAACCCUUGA